UCCCAAAACUAAACAAACUUGCGAUGUACGAAGCCUUGUUAUCGAAUUCAAGGGUUUCUGAUUUUUCCCCCUUUCCUUCACCUCCCCAUUCUCUCCCUCUCUCUCACUCUCUCCCCCCCACCUCGGAUCUUUGCGAGGUGGAGCUAGGGUUUUGGUACUGGUUAUCUAGCUGUAAGCAAGAUUUGGAUUCCUGAUGGCUAUGAUUGAUGAGCCACUGUACCCGAUCGCUAUCUUGAUCGAUGAGUUAAAGAAUGAAGACAUUCAGCUACGAUUAAAUUCCAUCCGAAAGCUAUCUACUAUUGCACGGGCUCUUGGUGAGGAAAGAACUAGAAAGGAAUUGAUUCCCUUUCUUAGUGAGAACAAUGAUGACGAAGAUGAGGUACUCCUUGCAAUGGCUGAGGAGUUGGGGAUCUUUAUUCCAUACAUUGGGGGAGUUGAAUAUGCUCAUGUUUUACUCCCUCCAUUGGAAACGCUAUGCACUGUAGAAGAAACUUGUGUCAGGGACAAGGCUGUUGAAUCAUUAUGUCGAAUUGGUGCCCAGAUGAAGGAAAGUGAUCUGGUGGACUCAUUCAUUCCACUGGUAAAGAGGUUAGCAGCUGGAGAAUGGUUCACUGCUAGGGUUUCCUCAUGUGGGCUGUUUCAUCUUGCUUAUCCAAGUGCAACAGAGCUGUUGAAAGCAGAACUGAGGUCUAUAUAUGGGCAGCUAUGUCAAGAUGACAUGCCUAUGGUGAGAAGAUCUGCGGCAUCAAACUUGGGAAAAUUUGCUGCUACAGUUGAACCAAACCAUCUGAAGACAGAAAUCAUGUCUAUUUUUGAUGAUUUAACACAAGAUGAUCAAGAUUCUGUGAGACUGUUAGCUGUUGAGGGCUGUGCUGCUUUGGGUAAACUGUUGGAACCACAGGACUGCAUAGCUCAUAUUCUUCCAGUUAUCGUGAAUUUCUCGCAGGACAAGUCUUGGCGUGUGCGCUAUAUGGUCGCAAACCAAUUGUAUGAGCUAUGCGAAGCUGUUGGCCCCGAACCUACAAGGGUGGAUUUGGUGCCAGCUUAUGUUCGGCUUCUUCGCGAUAAUGAGGCUGAAGUACGUAUAGCAGCAGCUGGAAAAGUGACAAAGUUUUGCCACAUCUUAACACCAGAGAUUGCAAUUCAGCACAUUCUUCCGUGUGUAAAGGAACUGUCAUCUGACUCUUCCCAGCAUGUUCGAUCAGCUUUGGCUUCAGUAAUCAUGGGAAUGGCCCCAAUCCUGGGAAAGGAUGCAACUAUUGAACGACUUCUUCCGAUUUUUCUUUCUCUGCUGAAAGAUGAAUUUCCUGAUGUCCGGCUCAAUAUCAUCAGCAAGCUUGAUCAAGUAAAUCAGGUGAUUGGAAUAGAUCUUCUUUCUCAGUCCCUCCUACCAGCGAUUGUUGAGCUCGCAGAAGAUAGACAUUGGCGAGUGCGACUUGCAAUUAUCGAGUACAUUCCUUUGUUGGCCAGUCAGUUAGGUGUAGGUUUCUUUGAUAAUAAGCUUGGUUCUUUAUGCAUGCAGUGGUUGGAAGACAAGGUUUUCUCUAUUCGAGAGGCAGCAGCUAAUAACCUGAAACGACUUGCGGAAGAAUUUGGACCUGAAUGGGCAAUGCAGCAUAUAAUUCCACAGGUGCUGGAGAAGAUCAGUAAUCCACAUUAUUUGUAUCGUCUGACCAUUUUGCAAGCAAUUUCUCUUUUGGCCCCUGUAUUGGGUUCUGACAUCACUUGCCAGAAGCUGUUACCUGUGGUAGUUGCUGCCUCCAAAGACAGGGUAGCAAACAUCAAAUUUAAUGUGGCAAAGGUGCUGCAGUCUGUAAUCCCCAUUGUUGACCACUCUGUGGUGGAGCAGACAAUAAGGCCAUGCCUUUUUGAGCUUACCGAGGACCCUGAUGUGGAUGUAAGAUAUUAUGCUGGGCAAGCACUCCACGCGUGCGAUUCCAUCAUGAUGGCGAGCUAAAUAACCAGUCUUUUAUCACCGCAAUAUUAUUUGCGAUGUCGACGACCCGUGACUCUCGCUCACACAGGUUUAGUUAGUGCUGACUGCUGGUUUUGCGAUUGAUGUGAUUAUAAUUGCUAUUAUUGUUGUUUUUCAUGUCUCUCUAGCUAGUUUAUGCGCUGGAGGAAAGGAGGAACAGAUUUUUUGUAUCGUGUAGAAUUGGAUUACUGAUGCCCUUGUUUACUUGCAUCUUCCACAAACAUGUUUGCCUUUACAACUGGAUUUCUGUUGAUACACGGUUUGUAAUUAGUGAUUUGUUUGGUAGUCACGGCCGGUCAGAUUCCUUACAUCGGUCUUUAUUGUGUGGGCUAUGUAAGUACUUGAGGAUGGUAAUAUUUUUUUUCCUUCUUUUUUCUUCAAAA